AUGGCCCGCUCACGGGGAGGAUGCCUGAAUUGUAAAGCGCGGAAGCGAAAAUGCGACCAAGGACGUCCAGAGUGUCAGGCUUGCUCCCAAAGAGGCAUGAGAUGCCAGGGCUACUCUACGCCUUUGAGAUGGGUGAAUGGUGUUGCGUCUAGGGGACGCUUUGCUGGAGCCUCCAUCCCCGACGCGUCAUUCGUUCAACCUCCCACACUUCCUUAUCCUCAGCAACAACAGCAACCCCAGUAUCCUCCUAGUGCUGCUGGUAGCAAUCCAGAUAUGUCAAUUGACUCUGAGAAUUCCCUCUCUGGCGUUACAUCGAAUCACGACCCCUCCAGCACAGAGUCGUCGGCUUUUUCGCCCCGAAGCGCGACAGGCGUACCAGAUCCAUCAGAUCGGAUCUUCAAGAGAUGUCAUUACUCCUUCUCCUCUUUUCAUAUUACCGACCUCGUCAUGCGCAAUGGGCUCAAUCACCUGUACACAACGGAAGCGAGUUCUUGGAUCAAGCCCUUCUUCGAGGAGAUGGCGCUCCAGAGUCCGGCCCUCGUCAUGAUCGCUGGCGCCAUACAGGGCUACAUGGAUGAUGGCAUGUCGGUCAAAUCGAUGGAGUACGUCGACUUGGCUCUACAGGCGUUUCGUCAGGAGCUUAAUACCCGGUACGAGAGGUUCCAUGUCGCGACCGUGUGUGCUGGGUUGCUCGUCUGCUCCUUAUGUUUGCUUCAAGCAAAAGAAUGGACCAUGUACCUCGAGCUCAUGGUCAACAUCUACGACUUGCGAAACAAGUUAAAAACCCCAGGUCAAAUCCCCAUUGACAAUCUCUAUCAUCAGCACAUCCUUGAAGUCCUGGGUGUCAUGGACCUUCCCUCCAUGGUCAUCGGUAGAGCCAAACCACCCAUCGGCGUCUGGAAGCUCCUUCGUCGUCUCCAAGCUGACACUCAGAGCGGUCGAGCCGACGGCAUCGAAGUCGUGUCGGGUGUCCCGCGAUCAUUACUAGACAUAUUUGCAGGACUCGUCGAUAACGAUCCGGAGUAUACUGAGAGUCGCUUUUGGGCAUGGCCGGGUGACAUAGGUGAGUCAUUACACGUGCACCUCUGGGAGUCCUGGAGGCUGGCUGGCAUUCUUGAAGUUCGUCGCCGUCAGAGAAUGGAGCGAAAAGCAAGGGGCAUUAUUGACCUGUACGACGAAACACCCAAAAACUUUCCUAGCACAGAAGUUGUACUUUGUCGUCUCAUUGCAGCAAUAGAUGCUCUUCUGAAGGCCUAUGAAGAGCCUCGUAACCAGCACUUGUUAGUACAUAACGGUUUGACGUAUCCCGUCAUCAACGCCGGUCUGGAGGUUCCGCUACUAAAGCUACAUCCUACGUGGAAAAGGACUAUGGAAGAUGUCAAAAAAUCCUUCGCGACUGACACUGUUGAGCUGAUCAAGGUGAUGUUUGAGCUGAUCGACGCGGCGUGGGAAGACGGGACAUCGACGUUCGAUAUCGAGAAGGUGGCGCGGGAAAGAAAUAUUGAACUUGCUAUUUUCUAA